ACCUCCACUUCACCAUUUCUAUAACUCAUCACAACCCUUCACCAUGCCUUGCUCUACCAUGUCCACAAUUCUCCUUUCCAAAUGCACCGUCUUCCCCGCCCGGAAAUCUUCCCAGCCGGACUUAAAGCUCUCCGUCUCCGAUCUCCCCAUGCUCUCCACUCACUACAUUCAGAAAGGCGGCCUAUACACCCGCCCUCCCUUUCCCCUCUCCGAUUUCAUCUCCCUUCUCAAAUCCACCCUUUCCCAAACCUUAACUCACUUCCCCCCACUCGCCGGCCGCCUUAUUACCGAUUCCGACGGCUACGUUUACAUCACCUGCAAUGACGCCGGCGUCAAUUUCGCCCACGCCGCCGCCACUCAUGUUCUCGUUCGCGACAUUAUUGGCUCCGUUGAUGUCCCGGAGGUUGUUAGGGGGUUCUUUCAGUUUGAUCGGACCGUGAGCUAUCAGGGCCAUUUCCUGCCGAUUUUAGCGGUUCAGGUCACGGAACUCGCCGACGGGGUGUUUGUUGGGUGCUCCGUAAAUCACGCCGUGACUGACGGGACGUCGUUUUGGAACUUCUUCAAUACGUUUGCGGAAGUUACUAGAGGCGUUAAGAGGAUCACGAGGCAGCCGGAUCUUAGCCGGGAAUCGGUUUUGAUCUCGCCGGCGGUGCUGGAACUCCCCGACGGCGGCCCCACGGUUACCUUCAACGUCGACGCGCCGUUACGGGAGAGAAUUUUGAGCUUCAGUAGAGAAUCGAUUUUGAAGCUGAAAGCCCAUACGAAUAAUCAGAAAUGGGGAGUUGACGGAGAAAUUGACGCCGUCGAGUUCAUGGGGAAACAGAAGAACGACCCCUUGAAAACCGUUGACGCCAAUGUAACGCCGUUAAACCGGAUAAGGACCCCCGCGAAAAACGGAACGGCCACAACCGCCGAGAUUUCGUCGUUCCAAUCCCUCUGCGCAUUGCUGUGGCGUGCGGUGACACGCGCCAGGAAACUGCCGUCCUCCAAAACGACGACGUUCCGAAUGGCUGUGAACUGCCGCCACCGCCUCGAGCCGAAGCUCGAACCCUUGUACUUCGGCAACGCCAUCCAGAGCAUUCCGACUUACGCUGCCGCCGGCGACGUCCUGUCCCACGAUCUCCGGUGGUGCGCCGAGCAGCUGAACAAGAACGUGAAGGCGCACGACGACGCGACGGUGAAAAAUUACAUCGGAAAUUGGGAGAGGGACCCACGGUGUUUCCCGCUCGGGAAUUUCGACGGCGCGAUGAUCACGAUGGGCAGCUCUCCGAGAUUCCCGAUGUACGACAACGAUUUCGGUUGGGGAAGACCCAUCGCCGUCAGGAGCGGACGCGCCAAUAAGUUCGACGGCAAGAUUUCGGCUUUUCCGGGGAGAGACGGCAACGGGACGGUGGAUUUAGAGGUCGUGUUGGCGCCGGAAACAAUGGCGGGCAUUGAGUCCGACCCGGAAUUUAUGCAAUAUGUGUCGGGUUACUGAAAUGGUUUCGGGCAUGUUUUUUUUUUUUUUUUAGUUGUUACAUACUAUGAAUGUAUUGUAUGGUGAUGUCAUAAAUUUUAGUUUUAUAUAUCCAAAAGGCUUUCACAUA